AUGAGCAACAUUAAGAACAAAACAGUGAGAUUGUUCAAGCAAAUCAUACCUGGUUUAACCUCAAAAACUAUAGCUUUAAAAUCCAAAACAAAUGCCAUCAAAGCUCGUUUAAUUUUAUUCUCUUUCAUGAAGAAUAAAAAACUCCUUAUGAGUUCUAUUUCAGAGAAAUUUCACUCUCUUUGGGGGAACCAUCCUCAUCAUUCGAAGGAAGAUUGCUUAAUUGAAGGUGGUGGGACUUGUGAUUAUCAUAAUAGAGCCAUAGUUGUUUAUAACAAAAAUGCUCACACUUAUGAAGCGUUGCAAAAUCCAAAUGAAAUAGAAGAUGUUUUGGAUGAACAAGAUCAAGAAGAUGGAUAUGGUUAUUACUAUGAAGAUGAUGAUGAUGAUAAGUAUCCUGAUUUGACUCACAAUCUUUUUGAUUCAGAGGGAUUGGAUUUUGGAGGAUCAGUGAUAGACAGGGUCAAGAAUUGUAAGGAAGAAGCAGGGAAAGAGUUUAAACUUGAGGAUGAUAUUGAUGAAGUUGCUGAUCUUUUUAUCAGAAGGUUUAGAAGGAAUAUAAUCUUGCAGAAACAAGAUUCAUUGAAGAGAAAGAGAGAAAUCGCGCAAAAUGGUUCCUAA